AUGAGAUUUAAAAUAUCAUUUGCCAAAGAAGUGGAUCAUAAAGACGUAGUUAGUUGCGUUUGCUGGAAUACCCCUGAAGAAAUAAUUUCUUGUGGGGAUGAUCAUGUAUUAUUCAAGUAUAACCUGAUAACUGGUGAAGCUUCUAAAAUAUGUGAGCUGCCAGCAGAUAUCUAUCCAACAGAUCUCCAUUCCUUUUCAAAGAGCCAAUCAAGCGGAAAACGCCAUGGUCAGGAACUUUUCCUUAUUACAUCCACUGAUGGAAGGUUUCAUUUAGUUGGACGUAAUGGCCGCAUUGAGAAGAGUGUAGAAGCUCACAAAGGUGCGGCACUAGUGGGGCGAUGGAGCUACGAUGGCACAGGACUGCUUACUGGUGGAGAGGAUGGUCAAGUGAAGAUAUGGUCUCGUAGUGGCAUGUUGAGGUCUACAGUGAUGCAGACCAAUACACCAGUCUACAGUGCUGCCUGGAGCCCUGAUUGUCAACAGGUGCUGCUCUCUAGCGGGAAAACCCUUAUAAUCAAGCCUCUCACCCCCAAUACGAAGGCUAACAGGUGGAAAGCACACGAAGGGCUGAUUUUAAAAGUGGACUGGAGUCCAAACAGUGGAUACAUUAUCUCAGGUGGAGAAGAUUGCAGAUAUAAGGUGUGGGACAUGUACGGCAGACAGAUGUACUGCAGCCUACUUCAUGAGUUCCCUAUCACAUCUUUGUCCUGGGCUCCAGCUGGGGAUAUGUUUGCUGCUGCAGGGUUCAACACUCUCAGACUUUGUGAUAAAGCAGGGUGGUCGCAGUCGCUGGAGAAGCCUGCUACAGGCAGUAUCUACGCGCUGGCGUGGUCCAGUGACGGCACACAGCUAGCAGCAGCCUGCGCCAACCACCAGCUGAUGGUGGCUCAUGUCAUCGACAGACGGCUGGAGUGGCAACAUCUAGAGGCUGUACAGGGCAGUCGCAAGAGUGUCACUGUGCGAGACGUCUCCACCGAGGCCAAAGAUAAACUAGAGUUUCCAGAGAGAGUCAUCCAACUGUCACUGGGCUAUAGACAUUUGGUGGUGGUAACAUCAACACAGUGCUACAUUUACAAAGUCACAAAUUUCAACACGCCAAUCAUUAUAGAUCUUCGGGAAGGGGCAGUCACUAUGGUUCUUCUAGCUGAUAGACAUUUCCUACUCGUAGAGAAGACGUCCAUGAGCCUUUACAGCUACGAGGGAAGACUGUUGGCGUCUCCCAAGUGGCCCGGUCUUCAGACAAGUAAUCUCAACAGAUGUCAUGUGUCUCUGUCUCCCGACACCAUCGCUCUUAGAGACCAGGCGGACGAGAAAUUGGUACACCUAGUUCAGGUGGGAGGUGAAGGUGGUCCUCCACUGUCCCACUCCACAGGUGUGGCUGAGGUGGCACUCAACCAGGCAGGUGCUGCGACCGAUCGUCUGUUGGCUCUUGUAGACAAAAAUAGAGAUCUUUACUUGGCAGCUGCCACAACACUGCAGCGUGGACUUAGUGUGACGAGACGAAUAGAAAAGCUUGGUGUAAUGGUACAAUCGGUGUGUUGGAACAGUCGUCUCAACAUUCUGUCUGGCAUGCAAGACACAUCUCUCACAGUCUGGUACUACCCCAACGUGUUGUUUAUUGACCCUAGACUGACUCGUAGAACUAUCGUCAUCAAAGAUGCAAGUGAGUUUGGCAAGAGUCCAAUGGUGGUGAGUUUUGAGGGUAACCACGUAGGAGUGCGGAGGUCGGAUGGAGCAUUGGUAAGCAGCAUCAUCUCUCCCCACGUCUCCGUGUUGCAUGACUACGCAGAAGAGCGGAUGUGGAGAGACGCUCUACGACUAUGCCGAUCACUUGGGGAUGAGACAGUGUGGGCUUGCCUGGCAGCCAUGGCGGCACACGCCAGAGACCUGGACACUGCCGAGGAAGCCUACGCAGCUAUCAACCAGGUGGACAAGGUUGUCUUCAUACAACACAUCAAGAGCUUGCCAGUGCGAGGGGCUCAGCUAGCAGAGAUGGCUCUGUUGGGAGGAAAUGUGGCUGAUGCUGAAAGUAUCCUACUGCAGAACGGGCUUGUGUUCAGAGCCAUCAUGGUCAACCUACAUACUCACAACUGGUCAAGAGCUCUAGAGCUGGCUGUCAAACACAAGACUCAUGUGGACACAGUGCUGCUGCAUCGCAAACGCUAUCUCGAGGCAUUUGACAAAACUGAAACCAACGAGAAGUUCCUUCAGUUUAAGGACCAGGUUGAUCUAGAUGAAGAGAAAAUACAAGAGAAAAUUUCAUUUGAGUACGAGAAAGAAAAAGCUUCUACUUAAUUACUCAUCUAAAGUCAUGCUACUUUAUUUUGUUGUUAUUUAUAGGUAUGUACU